AUGUCGGCGCCGGUGUUUUCAAGCACAACAGCUCGCUGGUCAGCGGUAGCUUCCCGCAACUCUGAGGCUGUGGGAGAGUUUGUAUACGCCGUCAAAACAACAGGAAUAUACUGCCGCCCGGAUUGCAAGGCUCGAUUGGCGCGCCGGGCAAACGUUGUCUUUUACGACAGCGGUCCGCUGGCCGAAGAAGCUGGAUACCGGGCGUGCAAGCGUUGCAAACCUCAUUUGCUAGUACUACAACAGGAAGACCCUCUACAGGUCAAGAUCCGUCAUGCUGUUGAUCUAGUGCAGAUGACAGCCUCUCGAGGGCAGAAAAUAAGUUUGCAGCAGCUCUCAGACCAGGUCCGGCUCAGCAAGUGGCAUCUUCAGCGAGUGUUCAAGAGAUUGCAGGGAUUGUCACCGCACGAAAUGACCAACGCAAUCAUCAACGCGACAGAAGCUGGGACAGGAGGAAACCAGCCAAGCCAGUCGCGGUCAGAAAGUGUCGCUCAACAUGACACCGAGCGCCAUUCACCGGCGACUGAUGCACAGAUUGAAUCAUCACGACACCCUCAGGAUAGCGUCGGAAUUGUGCAGGAGGGAUUGGAACAGUAUAGCGACCAGCAAGUGGACGACGUGCUUCGAGAUCUCUUCCCUGAGCUCUACAUAGCAGGGUCAGAGCAGGAUGCAGAGAGCUGGGCUCGAGCCUGA